UUGCCACAAGGUAGGUAAAAAGAAACUCCUAAGUUGAUAACCACGUCCGUUUAUUCUUUUAUAAUCUUCGCGUUCGCGUUCGCACUCUCUCUAAUUACGACAGGCAGGGAAUACCGUGGCCGUAUUCUAAACUCCCCGAGCCACAGGGGGCAUGAUGGAACUACACGUUAUAAGCAAAAGUCCGGUCCCGAGCGUUUUGCUUGUACCGAGUCUAUAUGGUAGAUCCUUUCGAACACUUAUUGAAUCUUUACUGUAUGUCCUAUUUUCCUUAUCUCCAACUUGAACUUCACACCUUAUCGUCGCUUCAACUAUACCUCACCUCGUGCUAAAAAUUAAUAUAAAUCCCCUUUCCCAUUUCGUACACCUCGCAAACUGAACUUUACAAACGAACAACUUCCUUGCAGAAUUAUCUUUAACCCUUAUCGGACGUUAGCUUUUUAUACAUGAUUCUCAUUAGGUGGCAGUUGAUUUCAGGAAAUAUGUGAAAAAUUUUCCAGAAAUAUGCCAAAAAUUUAUUUUUGCCUUAUAAUUUCUGUUAUGAGUUCGUCAGUGAAAAAUUUUUUGAAAUAAUCUAUAGGCUGAAUUUCCAAAAAUUUGGCGGUUGAUAUUUGUAAAAGGAAUCCUAUUAGGGAGAAUCCUAUCAUCAUCAUCACUCUCGAUUUUAAUCCAAUCAUCGUCUGAGUUAUCAUUUUCUUCUUCACUUGAAUAUUUUAUAGUUAUAACUUUUCUUCUCUUAGGAUGUAAUAAGAUGUGACUGCUCGUCUCAUGACUAGAAUCAAAAUCACUUUGAGAAUUGUUUUCAAAACAUUCAUUGCCACUGUCACUAUCGAAAUUUAUAAACUUUUCUUUACUCAUUUUUUGGGCUCAAUAUAUUGAAGAUUUACUACAAAAGGCAUUGAUAUAUCACUGGAGAUGUUACUUGCUCCUUUGCUGAUACUUAACUGACAAGGCAAUCGUGCCCAGAUUUUACAGAUAUGUAAUAUGUACAUUGUUACCUCCCACGUGACAUACGGCCACAGUGACAAAGUACUGUCGACCCUUGCAUAAUUCAGGGUUCGAUCUGUCCAUCAUCGUUCCUAUGAACGCAACUCCAUGUUUCAUGACUGAGGGUGCACAUAAGAAGAGAAAAAUCUUUGUACCAGAUAAUCAACAUGCCCUGUAAAUUACAGUGGUGUCAUGUCACUGAAUAUAUUUCUGACGUCUUUGAUGUUAUUGCAACAGCUACGCUGUACAUCAGAGGCCAAGAUGUUAGUUUUCCGGCAACCACCAUGGACACCAGAUCGUAUACGGACUUUUCCAUCGCUUUCGCGACAUAUAUAACAAAGUACACAGGGAUAUGGGUGCCACGAAAUGCGGCAGAAGAACUGCAAAGGAAAAUAUCAAUGGCGUAUACGGCCUUCGCACUUCUGUAUGGGAUAUACGUGAACACAGUAGAUAUUUACCACUCAUGGGGCGAUGCAACCCACUGUACGUUUCUGAUACUCAACACGACGUGUAUCAGUAUGACAACAGUUAAGAUGAUCAUCCUAAACUCUAAAAGAGCUGGUUUCGUAGACGCCCUUUUCUACGCGCAACGGCACUUCUGGCAUCGCAGGUAUACUCCCGAGGAACGACUUAUCUUUUUCAUAUCUGUGAAAUACUGUAUACGGUAUGUGAUCUUCGCAAUCGGUUCUCUUCAACUUGCUUUAUCCGGAUACACGAUCACACCUCUUAUUGAAAACCUUGGACGAAAUAAAUCGGACAGGGUACUUCCAUUCAAGAUGUGGGUCGACUGGCCAUUAUCUGAGACACCGUAUUACGAACUAAUGUUUACUUUUCAGGUGAUUUGCGUAAACUUAAUUGGCGCCGCAUACGUUUGCCCUGAAAUGUUUUUAUGCCUGUUUAAUCUGCACGUGAUGGGUCAGUUUCGUAUACUACAACACAGAAUGUUAAAUUUCUGGAACGUUGAAGGCAAAAAGAUGGACGCAAUCAUGUACACCGAUCAUUGUUAUACAGCUCUGAAGAAGUGUAUACAACACCAUCAGUUGCUUAUUGAGUUCUGCAUGAAGCUCGAACAAGUAUACACCAUGUCGAUCUUUACGCACAUGGCAGUUUUAAGUCUGUUGCUGUGUUUCGAUUCCUACGAAAUAGUCGUGGCAAAUACGAGUGCUUCUAUGCGUAUCAUUUUCUUGUUUCACGGAGUUGGAAGCCUGGGUCAGCUGUUUAUGCUUACGUAUACUAGCAAUUUUAUGAUGGAGGAAAGCACGAAUGUUAUUACCUCGAUGUAUUUAGGAUCUUGGAGCACAUUGCCAAUGAAUAAAGAUGGCAGAUCAUUUCGAUCGGCUAUGAAAUUCAUUAUGAUUAGAUCAUUAAAACCGUGCUAUCUGACUGCUGCCGGAUUUUUCCCUCUGACUUUGGGAACUUUUACUUCGCUUUUAAGUUCUACAUUCUCUUAUUUUACUUUGAUGAGGCAAUCGUUCACGAGACCCGAUGGAGAGUAAUAUAAGAAAUAACUUAAUAUGCAUUAAAUGCGAUGUAAGAAACAUACAAAUCUGUCGAAAGAUAAUAUGUGAAUAAUUUUCAACGUGUAAAAAAUGUCGUGAUUAAUGUGCAUUUUGCAUUUCUGUGUACAGCAAAAUAUAGUAUGCUCGAUAUGAAUAGCAUGAAAUACUUUUUCUCCUGCUGUGAUAUCAAAGAAUAAUGGUCGCGCAUCCUGAAGGUCGAAAUUUGUAUAAAAGCCUUGAUCUUCCUACUACUUGUAUUUAAAAAACAACUAAUAUACGCCGAAAUAUUUUGAGCAAGUAUAUC